AAACAUCUGUAUGAGGCUCUUCAAACCUCACGGCGCGAUUAUCUUUUAAUGCGCUUUACCUGCCAAGUUUUUUGGGGAAAAAAGGGUUUCAGCAAUAGGAUAUUUUUCAUGUUUCUUUUUUUUCUCAUUUCUCACCGCCCUCAGCUGGGAUGUGAAAACAACAGGAAAUGAGAGAUGUUUAAUCGGCAGCUACCAGUUCUGGCUGUGUGAAAAGUGGGUUGGCCGCGCCGCAGAAACCCGAGUCAGGUAGCGCCGGGCGCCGGGGAGCAGAGCCGCUCGGCCGCGAUGCAACUGUCGAAGAGGCUGCAGGGGUGAAGCGCUCUCUGAAGGGCGAUCCGGCCAUCAAUACAAACACGAGGUCUGCUGGCCGCAGAAAUCAACGCCAGAACAUUUCUCUUAGUUUUCGUUCGGGUUUUUAACUCCUCUGCACGAAAACUCAGGUGUUUUUUUUUUUAAGUGGGACGAAUACAGUUAAAUUUGAAGCGCACACGUGGAUCUGACUGAACGCGUUUAAUACCCUCCAUUUCCGGAUAAUUUAUUGUUUUUUUUUUGUGGGGGGGCUUCAUCUUUACAUAUACGCUUCCUGAGAAGAUCAACCACCCGGAGCCAGAUCCAACAUGGACGAGGCUGAGAAGUACCAGCAGAGGGUGCAGGCUAUCGCGGAGAAGCGGCGCCUCCAGGAAGAGCAGGAGCGCAAGCGGCGGGAGAUGGAAGAUGAGAAGCUGAGGCUGCAGCAGCUCAAGAGGAAAUCCCUGAGAGACCAGUGGCUCAUGGAAGGUCCGUCCAGCCCUGAUGCCUCUGGGCUGCGCUCUCCUCUCUGGGGGUCCCAAGCUCAGGAGAUAGAGGCACGCAUUGACCAACUGCAGGUGGAUAGCCAGCGUCUGGCGGAGCAAGAGAAGAACCUGAAGGAUCUGCCCAAGAACGAGGAAAACCAAAUGGCCGGGGACGUACAGCGGCGCAGUGAGGCUGAGACAGAAGAAGGAGGAGUAGAAGACGGUGCCUCCCGUCAGGCCCCCAGGCCUGCCCCCCGCCUGCAGAGAAUGGCUGUGCAGAAUGGACAGGAAGAACGAGCAGUCCUAGGAGUUGUGGAGGUGCAGGUGGAGAAGGAUUUGAAGACGGGGGCCACUAUCAUCAAAUCCGUGGCACCUGUAGACCCCGGGGAAGCAGCAUGCUCUGGGGAGAAGGUGUUCGAUGACGGAAGCAAGAGUGUGCACACGACAGCGGGGGCCGCGGGGAGCCAGCCCAGCCCCGAGGAGCUCGGGCAGAUCCUGAAUGCUUUGGGGGGUGUGGGGGCUCCAGUGGAGGCCAAAGUCAUCGUCAAUGGGAGGAAGGAGGGCGGCGAGGAGGCCUGCAGUCUGCCACUGGAGGAGAACGGAUCAGACGUAGCUCAUAGUGCCACCAGCCACCCGGCACCUUCAGAGGAGACUGCUAGAGUCAAUGGAACCUCCAGGGAUGAGCUGCCGGGAGCUGAAGGGGAAGAGGGUGUCAUCACCAUGACGUUCCUGGGCUAUACGGAGACGGAGCCGGGUCAGGGCCUGAAUGGGGAGGACAUGGGGGAGAUAAUCCGAGCAGAACGUGUCAUCAUCAUGGAUGACGGGGAUGAGCAGGCCGACGUGGAGAAGGAACCGGCCCCAGGGAAAACCGCAGAGCCCCCGGGAACACCAGGAAGCUCCACUUCCACAACGCCCCAACUGGAGCCUGCUGACCCUGAGCUUCAGCCUGACCCUGAGCUUCAGCCUGACCCUGAGCUUCAGCCUGAGUCCGAGACCGAACCUGAAAUCAAACUGGAACCGGGUGCUGACGUUCCCUCAGACUCUGAAAAAGCAGCUGAAUCUGGGCUGGACGAAGCCAGCAAACCAGAUUCAGGAGCUGGAGGGGAACAAGAGGCCAUACCUGAAGCCAUGGAGAACUCCAUCGAGCCUUCCCAGUGCACCAUGAACUCGACAGAGCCGCCCUCCCUUAGGCCCACGCCAGAUACAAAGGUAGACGGGGCCGAGCCUGGGGACAGAGCGAUGGAGGAGCCCGCGGCUCUGGCAGCCAAGACGGAGCAGUUCCAGGAAAUCCCUCUAGAUGGAGAAGCAAAGCCAGACAUGCAGCCCCUGCUGGCCGUCGCUGACAGUGAUGCUAACAAGCAGGUGCUCAGGCCGACCACCGAGCAGCAGCCCCUGCUGUCCGCCUCCAAAGCCCCCCCGGAGACGGAGCACGCCGCGCCCAACCGGGCCGAGGGAGCAGACGGCCCAAAACACAAGUCCUGUCAGUGCUGCUCCGUCAUGUGAGCUCGUCCACUGCCCCAAACACGCUCUGUCCAUCUCUCCACCCCCUCCUUCCCUCUGUCCUUCUCCAUUGCCAUUCAUGCCCUUGGUUUCCAUGAACAUCUAGAAAAUAUCACCACUGUCCUACAAAUGGAGUUCAUCUGAGGCGUUGGACCACACACUUGCGAUCCUGGAUGGUGUUACUAUGGACACUCGUUUGCACAACUGGCCAGAAUUUUUUUGCCCCCCCCCCCCCCCUGCUGUUGCGAAUUCUCACCCCUGACAUGCUAUGUGAAGACACACCCUGCUCAACCUGGAGCACUAAUGAAAACUGAGGAACAUGCUGCCUGGUGGGACUGCUUCAGAAGAAUCAGUGUAAGAUCCCACAAUUGUGCCUGUUUCCAAAAGCCGUUGUGCCUUUGCUGUCACCCAAAAACCCAUUCUGAAUGCAGUAAGGGGAUCUGCGCACGUUCUGAAUGUAGUAUGGGGAUCUGCGCACAUUCUGAAUGUAGUAAGGGGAUCUGCGCACGUUCUGAAUGCAGUAUGGGGAUCUGCGCACAUCUGAUGGGGAAGCUAUUAGAUGGAAUCUUUCAUCAGUUUCUUCAAACUUCGAGAGCUGGUGACAGUGUCACAGUCCAACACAACUCCCCUCAACAAAGUGACUGACUGCUCAGUCAUGUCAGCGCUGUGUGCAGUGUCUUCUCAGCUGGUUGAGGAGGGAACGCUCAGCUAAACCACUGGAUAAGUAACGUGAAGUCCCAGUCAUGUGACCAGAAGAUCCGUAUUCAAUAUUAACAAAGCGUUGAUCCGUGUGCUGUGUGCCGCGACUUCAGAUGCGGCUCUCUGACUUGUUCAUGAACGCAGUACGUCCAGUGGGAUGGUUUGCUACUGACUCCAGUCUAUUUCACACAUGCUUCUCUGUCGUCCUACGGAUUUCCAACCACACCACGCUGCCGCUGUCCAGCAUUUUAUUCUACGGUGUUUUUAAAAAUAUACUUUUACACUAGGCGAUUUUAAUAAUACAGAUGUUUUGUCAUUUAAAUUCAGUUCACACAGCACCAAAGCUUUUUGAAACGUAUACAUUUUUAAAACAGCCAGAUACUCCCUUUAUGAUUCUGCUGUGGACCUUAAUGUAUAUAAACUCGUAUUGGGGUUUGUGGGUGCUGUUGUAUAGAAUGUCUUUUCUGUUGGUAAAGUGAGAGAAUGUUAAUCGGCAACAUGUGUAAUGUUUGUCAAUCGAUGGAGAACUUUAUAAACAAUGUAAAGGAGAAAAUAUUACAAA